AUGUUUCUCACCAAGAAGUUCCUCCUUUAUCUUAUCCCACUUGCAACUGGUCCUUUAGCCAUCACUUGUCUUCCAGAUGGCUGGCAACCGUGGGCAGAGGCUCGUGCUGCAGGAAUAGACAACGUCAUUGAAGAACGUAGUCUCCAAUGCGAUAUUUACGUUGAAGUGAUUGAUUUAUUAGGGGCACUUGGUGGACCCGCAACUGGGUUCUGCAGCUCCUACCUCCAUAUUCCCAGUACCAGCACCGUCCCUGGUCCCACUGUCAUACCACCACCAGUGUAA